AAUUGAGUUCAAACUGGAUGUGAAAAGGUGAAGAUAACGAACAGUGAUCAAUCUCAUAACUUGUAUAAGGGAUACAAAAUAGAGUUUGGCAAACAUGGACCCUUGGAUGUACCAGAGGUGGGAUCAGGUGCCUAGGGGGAGUACGCAUCCCCUGUGUGAUCAGAUUGAAUACUUUUGUGAUGGUGUUAAUGGUGUAUUGUUCAUAUUUAUAUCUCACAACCGUAAACAUGUCAUAUUGCUAUCUCCAAAAUCCAACUUCUGUUUGUGCCACACAACUUUGAAAUUCAUGUAUAUACCAAUAAAGAAACGAAAUACAAUAUCAGUACGUUUAUUACAUAAAAUGUAAACAUUACUUGUAUGUAGAUAUUUAUUUUUGUUAGGAUUGUAAUAGCCAUGGAUUACUACGGAGUGACUAUGCAUAUUGGAAAUCUAGGAGGAGACUUUUACCUGAAUCAAUUCAUUCUAGCAAUUGUAGAGUUUCCUGCCAAAAUUUCUACCAUGGUUUUACUAAACAGAAUAGGACGUCAGAAGUUACACUUCUUGAUUAUGAUCAUAGGUGGCGCUGCGUUAUUGUGUACCAUAUUUCCUGUCCUUUAUGGCAAAGAAGAAUUGAGCAGUCUGACAUUAGUCCUGUCCAUCAUUGGUAAGAUGGGGUCUGCAGCGGCUUUUGGUGUCAUUUACAUAUACAUGGCAGAGUUAUAUGCUACUGUGCUCCGGAACGACGCCAUGGAACUAGUUCCUGUGUCGCUCGCUUUGGCGGUAUGGCUGCUCCAUAUAUAUGACUAUGUCAGCGGAAAGUUUGGUCAGGCGUUGCCGUUAGUAAUUUUUGGCGGUUCUUCGGUCAUGGCUGGGAUUCUAACUUUAUUCCUACCGGAAACUCUACACCGGAAGCUACCAGAAACAAUCCAAGAUGGAAUCGAAUUCGGAAAAAAGAAGCAUGACAUAUCCACAUUUGACGUCACACUGGAAACAUCUAAACCGUCCGGGGUAAAUAACUCGUCUUGUGAAGCGGCUGAAUUGUGACGAGGAAGACAAUAGUUAUUGUGCAUUAUAUUUGUCCACAGAUAAGUACAGUUUAUUGAUGUCACCAGGGUACACAUAAAUUAAACUAAUAGUAUAACAA